AGGAACGACCAUACCACGAUGACAGCACCGCUUCCCGUCUGCUCAGCGAAGUUAAGCAUCGUCGGGCCAGGUUAGUACUACGGUGGGGGACCACGUUGGAAUCCCUGGUGUUGUUCUUUUUGAUGUUCUCCUGUGUAUGCAGGCGCUAUGGCGGCACCAAGGACAUCGGUAUCUUGUAUCUUGUGUCUGCAGAGACGGUGUCACACAGAUUUUUUGGACUCUCAAAUGACGUUUUUGAAAGAAGGGCGAAGUUCUGUCGGGAAUGUACAGAACAAAAAGCUUCCGCACACGACUGUUCUUAUCCUCGCUCACCCAUCUUUGUAUCGUCCGAAUAGCUUGCUGCUGUUCCGAUUGUAAAGCCCUCACCAAGAUACUGGUGUAGCACCAAUUGCACACUCAGUAGGUGCCAACAUUAGCAUUGUUUUGAGCUACGCUAGCUAGAAUACCUACUAGCAGCUUGAUAGAUAGUGCUACCGUACCAUGUCCAACCAACAUCAUCCUUCCUGGCGAAAUGACGGGGUAUCCUCUAAUCGUCCUUUUCAUCUCCGUGGCACUCACCUGUAUCUGAUGCUGGAUGACAUUGCCAGAACAGGUCCCGAAGAUAUUUUAAAGUAUAUUGACAGUCUCAUCACGACACCUCCAACUGUGGUGGAAUCAGUCUUUGUCAAGGGUGCCAUGUCUCGCAAUGCUGGAAGGAUACCAGAUGCCGUAUCUUUAUCCGUGUUUCAAGCGUUAAGUGGGUUGACACGGGUCCAACGAUGGGAAGUUUCGGGUGACGGUCGAUUUGGUGGCUUAUAUUUGCCCGUUCAGGCCAUGACGGUGGCGUUGCAGCACUGCCCUCCGAAUCUAUUGCACUUGAGACUUGGCAAUGUCAUUCUCACAUCGGCAUCUCCUACUGCCGCAUUGCGCUGCGCGGAUAUGCAAUCCUUGGCGCAAUCCUUACGAAAGUUGCCUCGCUUGACCAGCAUUGAUCUUGUACGGUGUCGUACCGAAGAAACCAUCCAGCAGAAUCAUCCCGAACCAGCCAAAAUGACGCUGCAACCCUUGGUCCAAGCCAUUUCCUCCAUGUCCACGCUGCAGCAAGCCAUGUUUUGUGAAACUGUCAUUUCCGGUAACACCGGUCUGUACUUGGGAGAAUUGUGCAAAUCGCCGAGUCUGCAAAAGCUCUGGUGGAAGACCAUGCCCGGAAUGACGGAUGAUCACAUUGUAUCCAUGGCUGCGUGUCUCAUGAAUAGCACCCGAACGUCGUCUCUGCGAGAAUUGACCAUUCGUUCUCAUGGACUGGGCGCUCGAGCCGGUUAUGCCAUUGCCGAGUUGCUGCGAUUCAACACGACUCUGCAAGUGAUCAAUUUGGAUUUGGGUCAGGCUGCCUACGGUAUUCCGAUUGCGGCGGCACUGCAUCACUGCAAUACGACCCUCCAAUGCCUGGAUGUGUGGGCUUGGGGAGGAGAAUUGCACAGUGAUAGCAGCCGUGCCAUUACCAAGGUCUUUACCGACAUGCUGGAGGUGAAUACGAGUCUCAAGUUUUUGACCUUUCAAGGUUUGGAUUGGACCAAUCCUCACAUUGACUAUUACUUGCGAUUGAACCGCGCGGAGAGGCAGCGGUUGGUGCGUGAUUUUGCCGAUCGCAAGGUGUGGGUGGACACGUUGAUUCGUCAAAAGGAAGACGUGGACGUGAUUUUCCACUUUUUGUCCUUGAACCCGUCCAUUCUCAUGCGGAAUGGUGGUACUACUAGUAGUAGGGUUCCAACAAAGGGAAGCCUCCCGACGCAAGUGUCCGUUUCCAAACGCAAAGACGGUCCUGCCCUGUUGGAGCAAUUCACAUGGAACAACAAGCACGCCAAGAGGAUAAUCUCCUAGCCAGCUGGCUGGCUGCUGUGAUGUGCUGCAUUGUUUCUUAUUACUAUAUUCUACUAUUCUCCAGCUUUCGAAUACUUUCCAAUUUGUAAUAUUCUUAUAACUUUCCUGUUUCACUAC